CACGUCACUCCAAAAUGAUGACACAGCUAAUCACUCACUGCCUCAUCCCUUUCAUCUAUCUAUUAAAUCCUCUCAUUCUCCUUUUCUCACACAUUUCAAUUUAUCAGAAGAAAAAUAAAACACACACAUAGACUCAAGGUUUUACCUGCAAGCUCUUGGUUGACGUCAGCUUAUCUCUAUAUCCAUCGGGCAAACAAUGGGAGAGGUGGAAGAGAAGAAACCGGAGGAACCCAAGGGGAAGGAGAAGUCGGAGGAGGCCCCCAAGGCCGAGAAGCCGGCGGCGGACGGCGGGAAAAAGGAGGAGGAGAAGAAAUCUGAGGAGCCCAAGGCGGAGGAGCAGGCGGCGCCGCCGCCGGAGAUCGUCCUGAAGGUUUACAUGCAUUGCGAAGGCUGCGCUAGAAAAGUCCGCCGGUGUCUCAAGGGUUUUGAAGGUGUUGAGGAUGUAAUCACAGAUUGCAAGUCUAGCAAAGUGAUUGUGAAAGGGGAAAAGGCAGAUCCGCUCAAGGUUUUGAAUAGGGUUCAGAGGAAGAGCCACCGCCAGGUGGAGCUUAUUUCUCCGAUUCCAAAGCCUCCGGCGGAGGAGCCUAAGAAAACUGAAGAUAAAGAUGUGCCCAAAGUUGAAGAGAAAAAAGAGGAGCCUGUUGUGAUUACAGUGGUGUUGGGAGUGUACAUGCACUGUGAAGCUUGUGCUCAAGAAAUCAAAAGGCGCAUUCUCAGAAUGAAAGGAGUCGAAAGUGCCGAGCCCGACCUCAAGAGCUCGCAAGUCAAAGUCAAAGGCAUAAUCGAGCCCGAAAAGCUCGUCGGCCAUGUUCACAAGCGGACCGGAAAACACGUGACUGUCGUAAAAGUCGAGCCCGACAAGAAAGAAGGCGAGAAGGCCAAAGAAGAAGGAAAAGAGGAGAAAAAAGACGAAAAGGGUAAGGAGGCCAAGAAAGGGGCCGACGAGCCCGAAAAAGAGAAGGAGGAAUUAAUUCCUUCUUCUCCGGCGGCCGAUUCUUCUGAGGAGUCGAAGCUCGAAAUGAAGAAGCAUGAGUUGAACUAUUACUACCCACAACAGCAUAACUUUUACCCACAAAGGUAUGUGCAAGAAAACUAUGCAUACCCACACUAUGCAUACCCUCCACAGAUGUUCAGUGAUGAGAAUCCCAAUGCGUGUACCGUUAUGUAAAUGUUGGGGGUGGACGAGGGUAGAAUGGGGAUUAUUUGGGUAAGGGGCACAUGGUAAACUGUACCAUGGUUCUUUUUUUUUUUCUUUCUGUUUUUAUUUUUCUUUGGUUUAGUGAUGGACAUGGUGUUUGUGUUGUGAUCUACAUGUGGUCCUGUCUGGAGUUUUUUUAAGUAUAAAAUCUACAGGAGAAUGCAGUAGAAUUUUGUGAGCCUCNU